AACUAUCUUGUAGGUACCUACUAUGCAACACUCACGUGUCAUUCGUCAGAUUUAUCUAUGUGAUUGUAACAUAACAAAGAUUUUAAUCUAAAACAAUUACGUACGAACGUUUUCUGUUUUAUCGUAACGUAUGUCCGGCAUAGACAACAGGCAGUAUAAAUUCACAUUGUUUGAGGAAUCACUACGAUAAUGAUAUCUCGUGCAAUAUGAACGUUAAUCGUUAAGUGUCCGAUUAGGAGAAUACAAAAUUCCUAGAACACUAUACUUCCUUACAAGCCUUUCCUGACGUAAAACACGAUAGGUAGUUUUAAUGAAAUUAUUACUAACUGGCAUUUAUUAUUUUAUUUAAAAUGUAAAACUGAAAUUCACAUAUUGGCAGAAAUAUUGAGUCUAACUGUUAGCAACCCUGAUAACGUCAAAAUUUAUGCAGAAUGCAGUUAGUUUACAAAGAUAGUAUACGCAAGAAUCAAAACAUUUGACAAAAUGUAAUCAGAAUAACAAAACUAAUUAGAUUAUUUUUAUGUGAACUAAAUAUAAUUAUGUUUUUAUCUUGAAUGUGAUAGAUUUACAACUUUUUAGAAUCCAGGCUGGAAUUCAAGGGAUGCCUUGAGAUGUUUUAUUUAGCUGAUAGCCAUCUUUUAAACGGUCCUCCUUAAAUGUCAUUCGACUAUAUACAAAGUAGUUUUAUGUUUGUAAAUAUAAAAUUACUAAAAAUGUCCUUAUGUAGGACGUGCUUAUCUAAAAAUGAUCUGAAACCGAUAUUUUCGGAUAACAAUAAUGUAAUUUUACGUAGCGAACAACUUUAUUUAGUUAGCGGCAUCAAGAUAGAGCUAAAUGAUGGACUUCCCCAAUUAAUAUGUAUCUCAUGUACGAAUCUAGUCAAUUCAGCAUUAAAAUUCAGACAACAAAGUUCAAUAGCAGAAGAAACAUUGAAAAACACUAUAACUACAAUUAAAAUAGAAACGGAUCAAAGUUGCAAAUAUUCAAAUGACAAAAAUCCCACACAGAUUAUAAAAAAUAAUAGAAAAAGCAUUGACAGCAAGGAGGUUGCAACCAAAAAGUCUAAAAUUAAAAAAUUGACUGACAGAAAAAAGUUUUCUGCAAAAAAGUUUGAACAAGCAAAUGAUUAUAAAUAUUCAGUUUUCAUUCAAGAUUUUGAGUCCAGUAAUGAUUCAGAUUUUAUAAAUAACUUGUCUGUUGAUGAAGAGAAUCUUCAAAGCGAUGAUGAGUCUCAAAAAGCAUGUAUAGAAGACUAUGAGUCAGCCGAUAGCUGUGAUUUUAAUUUUAGUCUGACACACCCAGAUGUGAAGGUACAUUGGGAUGUGAAGGAGAAAGAGUUAUUGAAGAAAGAGGAGAGGAAAUUGAUAAAUAAGGAACAAGAUGAGAAGUUAUUAUCACUAGCGGUAACCCCAAAUGAUAGCAGAGGUCCAAUAAAAUGCAGUUUAUGUAGCAAAGUGUUGAGAAACCUGCAGAACUUCAAAUGCCAUGCGAAGACACAUUUUGCACCCCAACAUGCUUGCGAGGAAUGUGGUAAAAAAUUCGUGACCCCAAGUCACAUGCGCUACCAUCAACAAAGAGUCCACGGGAGGAGGAAGAGGCUCGCCUGCAGUACGUGCAGCUAUAGGGCUGUCGACCCACUGCAGUUGCAGAAUCAUGAACGCGCCGAGCACACCGGGGAGAGGCCAUACGUAUGCGACGUAUGCGGGGACUCGUUCCGCAUGCGUGCGAACAUAGCUCAGCAUAUGCGGAAACAUUUCGGUGUGAGGAAUCUACAAUGCGAUCGCUGCCCGUCCAUGUUCCGCAGCCGCUCAGAGUUGACGGGCCAUCAGAAUAGAGUGCACUACUUGAGUUACACUUAUCUUUGCUACUUGUGUACUGAAACCUACAAGAGACCAGCCUCAGUGAAGAAGCACCUUCUGAACGUCCACGGAGUGCCGAGACCGCAGCAACUACCUAUCAAAUGUAUUAAGACCAGUAAAAGAAGCAGUGAAAAUAGUGAAUGAAGAUUACAAUUUAUUGCAAAUAAAUAUUUCAAAUGUGUAUGUACCUACAUAUAUUUGUAUAAAGCGUAUCCUUAUACGCUGUCUGUGUGUUCGUGUGUCACCAAGCUAUAUCUUAAGAAUAUAGGUGACAGCUAGCCCGGGUUUCAUCUCAUGAACUUACGUGAAUAAAAAGAGAUACAAAUAAUAAAAAUGUAUUUGUUACCAAAAUAUUUGUG